UUCGGGGGCGGGGCUGACGGGCACAGCUUUCCCGCCGACGGUUGGCGCGGUCACGUGACAUGGGCUGGAAGAUGGCGUCUCCCACGGACGGGACAGAUCUGGAAGCAUCUUUGCUAAGUUUUGAAAAACUUGACCGUGCUUCACCAGACCUUUGGCCAGAACAAUUACCAGGUGUUGCUGAAUUUGCAGCUUCCUUCAAAAGUCCUAUUACUAGCUCUCCACCCAAAUGGAUGGCUGAAAUAGAACGUGAUGACAUCGACAUGUUGAAAGAAUUGGGGAGCCUCACAACAGCUAAUUUGAUGGAGAAGGUGCGAGGACUACAGAACCUGGCCUAUCAGCUGGGGUUGGAUGAAUAUUAUUCAUCUACUCUAGAGGUUGACAUUUACUUGACACCCUAAUCUGGUGUUUCGAUAUCUCAGUCCUCUUUUCUGCAUUAAUUGAAAGGAUGACAUGGAUGAAAAAUAAGCGAUAGGAACUGAUGAAUCCCCAAGGACCAGUGAUCCUGUUUUCAUGCAAAUAUCUGCCCCGAUAAAGAUGAUGGAAAGAACAAAAUGCAAAAAAUAUUUGUCCUCUAAACAUGAUUGUCACUUCCCUAGAGCAUUGUUAAAUGUUAGUAUAGAAAUAACGUGGACCUACUAGGACUAGUAGUAACUAGAUUGUAAUCUUCUGGAAGAUGAACCCUACCCUUUGAUUUGGAACUUGAUUAUGUCACAGUUAACCCUUUUGGUGUGCAGACUUUAGAAUGCAAUACUUUUUUGCAUAGGUAUUUAUAACUUUUGUCACUGAGGCACCAUGGCUCAAAUGGGUGGUUAAUUUAUAUGAAAUUCCCUUGAAAUACAUUGAAAUACAAAGAAUUGUAACCUGCCCUACCGUAUAAAGAAUUCUGUUUCUGUAACUUCUGAGUUCAGUGUCCUUCCUGUUUUACUGGAACUAUUGUAGUCACCUUCUAACAAGUCUGUUUUGCCUCUCAAUGACCCUGUUCCAGUCCAUCUUGUUUAUCACUACUAUAGUAAUAUUUCUAAAGUACCAUUUGCUUCUUUUAUCCUUUGCUCUUAAGUUGUUGAUAGUAUUUCAUUAAUCGUAUAAUAAAAUUUGGAUUCUUUAGCAUGGCAUUCAAUCCUCUACAUUCUGACUUUAGCCUCUUAGUUCUCCUCUACCAAAACAUGUACUGUUCCCAUUUGUAAUACUGUUUCUGGAACAUUCUUGCAUCUUUAUUUAUUUAUACUAUUCCUUUUUCUCAGAAAAGCCUCCCUGACCUAUUUAUAAUAUUAGAACUUUUGUUCAUCCUUCAUUGUUCAGCCUAGAAUCUACCUCUUCUAUCAUCCUUUCCUUUUUAUACCUGAUCUGGAAAGUGAGCUCUUUCCUGGCCUGCCAAAAUUGUUUCUAGAGCAGUUAGUUUCAAUUGUAUGAUACUUUGCUCUGCUGGGAGAUUGUUGGUAUAUAUCUUAUCUCUUGGAUUUAUUGUAACUCUAAGGUAAGAAUAUUUUUGAACUCUCUUUGUAACCCAUAGAGUACUUGGCAUAUAGUUAAUGUGCAAUGUGUACUUGCUGAUUGAAUGAAUGACUAACUGUAGAUGCCUUCAGAUGAAAUGACAGAAUUUUUCUAAUGAAACCCAGUUACUGAAAAGGUAGACACUUCUGGAAAUUGUUCUUUUUAUGCAUAGUUUGUGUUUCAGUGAUGGGAAGUAACAUUUGAAGUUCUUGUGAUUUCUAGAAUUUUUCCUCUUAUGACAAUGGAUGAUCGACCACACAUAGUAGAGAGAGUGUGAAUCUUGUUAAUCUUCUUGGUAUUAUCUUCUACUUGAACCCUACUCCAUUGCUAUUACAAUUUGGGUUUCCUGAUUUAGUCUUAUAAGUUGCAACAGUACAUUGAUUGCUUUAUCCUAAGGCCCAUUGAACUAUCGUGAAUCCUGUUCUUAAAUGUUUCCCCACUCUGAAGGCUACAAACCUUUUAGUAGUCAUGCAGAUGCCCAACUUAGUGGCCGUAUUCCCCAUAUUUUUGCCAACAUGCCGUUUGAAACUAGGACUAAAACUUGGGGCUUUCAUACAUUUGUUAUUUUUUCUUCUUUUUAUAACAGCUUUAUUGUGAUAUAGUUCACAUACUUUACAAUUCACCAUUUAGCUUGCAUUUCAGUGAUUUGGUGUGCUCAAGAGUUGUGCAGUCAUUACCACAAUACAAUCAACUUUAGAACAUUUUCAUUGCCACCAAAAGAAACAUUGUACCCAUUAGCAGUCAUUUUCCCCUAAACUCUACAGGUCUAGGCUACCACUAAUCUGCUUUCUGUCUCUGUGAUUUUUCUCUAACCUGGACAUUUCAGAUAAAUGGAAUUUCAAUCUAUGAAGGUAGGCAGGGGGAGAAUAACUGGUACUCUUAUACCCUGGGUAGUCUUUGUGUUCUGACAUAAGAGUUAUUUGUCUGGCUUAGUUUAUAAGGCCUAUUCAGUCCUAAGUUUGUAAUGCUUGAAAGUUCAAUUAAACUGCUCUUGACUGAGGCGAAAAAUCUAGCCUUCAACCUCUAGAUGGCAGUAUGAGUCUUACUGUACUGCUAGCUUUUCUUCUCCCCAUCUCUUCAACGGAGUUCCUGAUUUAGGAUUUUAAAAAAUUUCUUCUUGUUUUACCAGACUACUUGCUUAAUU